AUGGCCCCAUAUGAAGCACUUUAUGGAAAGAGAUGUAGAUCACCGCUGUACUGGGAUGAAGUCGGUGAGAGAAGGAUUCUUGGACCGGACUCUGUGGAAGAAAUGAUAGAAAUUAUCCGACAGAUCCAAGAAAGAAUCAAGAAAGCUCAGGAUAGACAGAAAUCUUGUGCAGAUGCUCGCAGAACCAAUCUACAGUUCAAGGCGGGAGACAAAGUUUUCCUGAAGGUGUCUCCGUCGAAGGGGAUAACGAGAUUCGGCGUCAAGGGCAAGCUAAGACCGCGUUUCAUCGGACCCUAUGAAAUCUUAGAAACAGUCGGCCCUGUGGCGUACAGAUUAGCAUUUCUGCCGAGCUUCAGAAAUGUGCACUAUGUUUUUCAUGUGUCACAAUUGAGGAAAUAUGUGUUCGACCCUAAACACAUUGUUCACCAAGAAGAAAUGGUGUUAGAACCGGAUUUGAGUUAUGAAGAGAAGCCAGAAGCAAUUUUAGAUCGAAAAGUGAAGGAGUUGAGGAAUAAAGCCAUUGUGACAGUGAAAGUCCUAUGGAAGCAUCAUGGUCACGAGGAAGCAACGUGGGACCUUGAGGACAAGAUGAAAGAGAAGUACCCGGAACUUUUUGAUUGA